UCUUUUCAGUUGAGUUUGGAACGCGUAACCGUUAAAACGUACAAUCUUGGAGCGGAAGUUUCCAGUUUCUCGUUUCUCCAUUCCAUUUUUUUGCGCGCAUUUGAAUAUAUAUAUAUUUUUUUACGGCACCAAACAUGCAGCGUUUCCAAGUGUGCAGCGUCCUAAUCCUGGCCUGGAUUGCCUGUGGACAUGCCCUGGCGGUGGGCUCUCCGGAGUGCCCCGAGAAGUACGGCGUGCAGGCGUACGCCCACACGGAGAACUGCGACCAGUUCUUCCUCUGCACCAACGGCACCCUGACCCUGGAGACCUGCGAGAACGGACUGCUCUUCGAUGGAAAGGGCGCGGUGCACAACCACUGCAACUACAACUGGGCGGUGGACUGCAAGGGUCGCCAGUGGGAUCCCACUCCCAUUUCCACGCCCGCCUGCGAGUACCAGUUCGGCCUGUACGCGGUCUCCAAGGACUGCUCCACCACCUACAUCAAGUGCGCCCACGGUGAGCCCCACGAGCAGGACUGCGACGCUGGACUGGCCUACGACGAGAGGAUCCACGGCUGCAACUGGCCGGAUCAGCUGCUGGAGCACUGCAAUCCCGAGGCGGUCGUCGGCUUCAAGUGCCCCACCAAGGUGGACCCCAACUCGGUGGCCGCCCGCUUCUGGCCCUUCCCCCGCUUCCCCGUUUCCGGUGAUUGCCACCGCCUGAUCACCUGCGUGGAGGGGCAUCCCCGCCUGAUCAGCUGCGGCGAGGACAAGGUCUUCGACGAGCACACGCUGACCUGCGAGGAGCCGGAGUAUGCCAGCGGCAGCUGCGCCAACUACGGCAAAUAGGGAUCGCCGGCCACUCUGUAUAUACUCACGAACAAAGUGCAGUGCAAUCUCGAUAAUGUGAACGUUCAAAUUAAAGGAGUUACAUACUUGUUUGCUGCAAA